CUGGAGGGUGGAGUCCUGCGGCAGCGUACAUAAGAGCAGCCCCCCAGCUCCCCCCCCUCACUUGCGCGUUAGGAGGCUCUGGUCGUUUUGCAGCUUCGUUUUCCUGGCCUGCGUCAGGGACCUGCCCUACUCUGUGGCCACCAUGGCAUCAGAUGAAGGCAAGCUUUUCGUUGGAGGGCUGAGCUUUGACACUAACGAGCAGUCGCUGGAGCAGGUCUUCUCAAAAUAUGGACAAAUUUCUGAAGUGGUGGUCGUGAAAGACAGGGAGACCCAGCGGUCGCGGGGCUUUGGAUUUGUCACCUUUGAGAACAUCGAUGAUGCCAAGGACGCCAUGAUGGCCAUGAAUGGGAAGUCUGUUGAUGGGCGACAGAUCCGAGUUGACCAGGCUGGCAAGUCAUCUGACAACCGAUCCCGUGGGUACCGAGGUGGCUCUGCUGGGAGCCGAGGAGGCUUCUUUCGUGGGGGCAGAGGCCGGGGCCGUGGAUUCUCCAGAGGAGGAGGGGACCGAGGCUAUGGGGGGAGCCGGUUCGAGUCCAGGAGUGGGGGCUAUGGGGGCUCCAGAGACUACAGCAGCCGGAGUCAGGGUGGUGGCUAUGGCGACCGGAGCUCAGGAGGGUCCUAUAGAGACAGCUACGACAGUUAUGCUACACACAACGAGUAAAAAUCCUUCCUGCUCAAGAUCGUCCUUCCAAUGGCUGUAUAUUUAAAGAUUUUGGGAGCUUCGCUGAAUCGUUAAUGUGUAGUGAACACACCUCCUUGUACCCACUUUUGUAGUCUUACCAGUUCUGAUCUUGUCAAAACACAGCCUGACUGCUUCUGACCCCCAGAUGGCUUAUUAGAGUUUUUUUUUUUUUUUUAAGGAAGCGCUGUCCGUUUUUAAGGGUUUUAAAAACGUUUUUGAAAAGCACUUCAGAUUUUACUUUUUUUUUUUCUUAUUCCCCCACCAUGAGCCGUAAGUUUUUGAGAAAAUCACUGGGGGUUGUGUGGGGGUUUUUUUGGUUUUGGUUGUGUUGUCUUUUUUUAUUUCCCUUUUUAGUGGGUUUGGCCUGGUGAAGUUGGCUCCCCCGCCCCUCACCCGAUUCAAGUCUCUCUGAGAUUGGACAGACUCUGAAUCCGCUGUUUGUUCGAAGCUGAGCAGGCUGUAGCUUUUUUCCAAUUCCAUGUACUGUUUCUGAGUGUAGCAUGGAAGGACCCGCCCCAGGUGGCAGCAGAGGUGCCUGGCUGUCUGGGCCCAACCUGUACAGCCCAUCUGCUGUGUACAGCUCACAGUAGACUCGAAGAUGUCCCUGAGAGGUUCUUGAAAAUGUUUAUUUAUAUUGUCCUUUUUUACUGGAAGACGUACGCAUAUCCCAUUGAUGUUGUAUUUGAAGUGGUUAAGGAAUUCUUGUACACAGUUUAUUUGGCUUUACGAAGCUGAUUAAAGGACCGUGUGAAAUGAAUCUUGCUCUGACAAUUUCCCUUUCAUUGCUCAACACACUGCUGCUGCUAGCUCUUGGCACUCAGACCUCAAAAGAGAGGGCAAUUUGAGAAGCAGGCCUGCAAGUCCUGCCUGAGGCCGGCAGAGAGCUAGACCAGGAAGGCAGAGCAAACUGAUGCUGGCAGGCCCCUGUGACAGCUGACUGCCACUGGUCCUGGUUAGGUGAGCAGGUGGGUGACAGGAGUGGGCAGGUUGGACCUAGAGGCAGCCCUGGGAGGCUUCUAGUGGUGGCAUCCGGAGGGCUUGAUGGGGCAGGCAGCUCAGCAGGGACAGUAGACACAUGGGCACUUGACGUUGACCUGACUGCAUAGCCUAGAAGCAGGCCAGGGAGCAGACUGCAGGCAGUGUCCCUGGGCGACCGCAGACUGACUGCUUGUUAGCUAGCUCUGCUGUUGCUUUACAAGUUCUGAGAGUUCUCCGCUAGCCUAUGGAAGCUGCAGCCCCUCGGAGGACAGAAGUGUUGUGCGCCCAACAGAAACCUCUGAGACGCAAGCUGCUCCCUUGGCUAGCUCAUAUGUGGAAAUAGCCCUGUAAUUCGAGGUUGAAGGGAAGCCAGUGCAACUCGGAAGGGUGGCCCAACUGCAGUGAUGAUCUGGGGUACUGUCCCAAGAGGGACUUCACCUGGGAGCAGGAGCCAAAUGCACAAGCCCCCUGUUCCUGCAGCCUGUCACCUCAGGGGCUUCAUUGGCAAGGUUGGAGCAGAGGGCUUCGAGUCACUCCAGGAGGGCGAAUGAGUGGCAGCUUGCACAUGGCCAGUCCUCACCUGCAAGAGUAUGACCGAACAUGGAAGUCAGAUUUGAAUAAAGGACUG